AUGUUAGAUAUGCAGGCACUAGAUAGAGUGCAGCCUGGACCCGACGUGGAUACCCAGUUGACCCGGCAGCCGAAUCAUCGGUCAAGUCCACUUUGGAGGCGCGCUGCUGGUGAGGGUGGGCUAGACCCACGUAUCAUGCAAUACAUAGAUGCAGCAGGUUUGAUUGGUUUAUUCAAGGUUCCUGAUAUGGAAGUCGGCCACGCCUUGAUCACGGCCUUGGUCGAGCGGUGGCGUCCGGAGACACACACGUUCCACUUACCCUAUGGAGAAAUGGGUAUCACCUUGCAAGAUAUCGAGGUGAUGCUGGGGAUUCUGGUGGAUGGGUUGCCUGUCAUUGGAAGGACAGACUAUGAAUGGAGCGUGCUGUGCGAAAAGUUGUUGGGCCAUAAACCUCUGCCUGCGAUACCAAACUCAAACAUGUCUACCUUUGCUAGGGCGAGAAUAAAAUACAACUGGCUUGAUGCACAAUUUGCCGCUCCCCUAGCUACGGACGCUGGUGACGAAGUCGUGCAGCAACAUGCCCACUACCACCUACUUGUACAGAUGGGGGCCCUUUUGUUCAUGGACAAGUCUAUGGACCGGGUCUCACUAGUGCCUCUGCAGUUGCUCAACCCAAUCAGCAAUGUGAGACGGUAUAGUUGGGGUAAUGCAGCAUUGGCCUGGCUCUAUAGGCAACAUUGUGGUGCAUCGAAGAAGGGUGCGAUGCAGAUUGGAGGAGCACUCUUGUUGGUGCAGCUAUGGGCCUAUUCAAGGUUCCCACAACUAUGCCUUGUUUUGAGGCCGCCUCUACCGCCAGUGCACUUAGGGCCCCUUGCCAUUAGGUACGUUCAUUGA